CCCUGCCUCCCCCGCCCGGCUGCUUUCCGCGGCGCCCGGAUACAGAGCUCAGAUGAAAUCAAAAGAACGAUAAAGUUUGGAGGAGAGAAAGAAGCUGCAAUUGCUUUCCUGGUCUGCAGUUUGACAGGGCAUUAAGAUGUCCGUGGACAUGAACAGCCAGGGCUCUGACAGCAAUGAAGAGGAUUAUGACCCUAAUUGCGAGGAGGAGGAGGAAGAGGAUGAGGAUCCUGGGGAUAUUGAGGAUUAUUAUGAUGGGGUAGCUAACGACGUGGAGCAGCAGGGAGCAGAUGCCUUUGAUCCAGAGGAAUAUCAGUUCACCUGCCUGACUUACAAGGAGUCGGAGAGCACUCUGAAUGAACACAUGGCCAGCUUGGCUGCCACGCUAAAGGUAUCACAUGCUGUUGCAAAGCUAGUAUUAGUUAGUUUCCACUGGCAAAUCUCAGAGAUUUUGGAAAGGCACAAGUCUAAUGCUGCCCAGUUGCUAGUAGAAGCACGAGUUCAGCCCACCUCAUCCAAACACGCAAUGGUACAUUCCUCCCAUCACUGUGCAGUGUGCAUGCAGUUUGUCCGGAAGGAGAACUUGCUCUCCCUGGCUUGUCAGCACCAGUUCUGUCGUAGCUGCUGGGAGCAGCACUGUACAGUGCUCGUCAAGGAUGGUGUUGGAGUCGGGGUCUCCUGUAUGGCUCAGGACUGCCUGCUUCGGACACCAGAAGACUUUGUGUUUCCAUUGCUGCCUAGUGAAGAGCUGAAAGACAAAUACAGGCGCUACCUCUUCAGGGACUAUGUUGAGAGCCAUUAUCAGCUGCAGCUGUGUCCUGGUGCAGAUUGUCCCAUGGUGAUACAGGUACAAGAGCCAAAAGCCCGGCGAGUGCAGUGCAAUCGUUGCAAUGAGGUCUUCUGCUUUAAAUGUCGGCAGAUGUACCACGCACCCACAGACUGUGCUACCAUUCGGAAAUGGCUCACCAAGUGUGCAGAUGACUCCGAAACAGCCAACUACAUCAGUGCUCACACUAAAGAUUGUCCCAAGUGCAAUAUCUGUAUUGAAAAGAAUGGAGGCUGCAAUCACAUGCAAUGCUCCAAAUGCAAACAUGACUUCUGCUGGAUGUGUCUGGGAGACUGGAAGACUCACGGCAGCGAGUACUACGAAUGCAGUCGGUACAAAGAGAAUCCUGAUAUUGUAAACCAGAGUCAGCAAGCACAGGCCAGGGAGGCCCUUAAGAAGUACUUGUUCUAUUUUGAGAGGUGGGAGAAUCACAAUAAAAGCCUACAGCUGGAGGCACAGACGUACCAACGAAUCCAAGAGAAAAUCCAAGAAAGAGUUAUGAACAACUUGGGAACAUGGAUAGACUGGCAAUACCUACAAAAUGCUGCAAAACUACUUGCAAAGUGUCGUUACACCCUGCAGUACACAUAUCCAUAUGCCUACUACAUGGAGUCUGGCCCCAGGAAGAAACUGUUUGAAUACCAGCAAGCUCAGCUGGAAGCUGAAAUUGAAAAUCUCUCAUGGAAGGUGGAGCGAGCAGACAGCUAUGACAGAGGGGACUUAGAGAACCAGAUGCACAUAGCAGAGCAGAGACGGAGGACCCUGCUGAAAGACUUCCAUGACACAUAAGACAAGGAGGGAGUGACAAAGUGCAGGGGUGAGAGCAGCGAGUGAAGUGUUGGCAGCUUCACCAGGAUAAGCAGGCACUGCCUCUGGGAGAACACGGCCAAGGACAAAGCCACCCCUCCCCUUGCAAGUCAGACACAUGCAAACACCACAUCUUAGUCCAGUUUGUUCUCUUAUCUUUCUGUUUUUCUUUCUGCCACGCCAGAGGCAGAGUUCAGAUUGGCGUAUUUCCUGGGACAUUUCCCUCCUGCCCUUGAUGGUUGCAGAAAGGGAGGGAGUUUUUCUCUGAAUGGCUGUUAAUAGUAUUAGAUCAUGACAAUUUAUGUAAUUUUCAACGGUUGUACAAUUAUACAGACAAACCUUAGAAUAACACACAACCCUUUU